AUGCCACCAAGAACUGGAUGUGGCUACCGAAACGGACUCACCACUCUUAUUUCUUUGGACCACUGGGUUAUAGGUCAGAAUAUGGAGCUGGUUCAUCUAAGUGAUGAACCUAAAGUUGCCAAAGAAAUGGUCGCACUGCUGCGAGAGAAUCUCUGCAGGAGUGAUCAGCAGACAGCUGUCAGUAACAAGCACACCGGAUCCCACACUUACCAGCUGUCUAGACGGAGAAGAAAGGAUGCUUUAGGUGAGAUGACAGGGACUAGUGAGGGACAGGAAGGUGAACAACUAUGGUUUGCUCCGGCCCAAGGAAGCUGGAAGGAACUGAUGUGGGCAGACAGGAUAACCCAGCCAGAUGGUGGAGACAUGAUGGACUUGGCACUUGGAGGCCUAGAUGAUUUACAUGAGAGCUUCGAAGUGGGGAUCACCUACCCCAGUGUUUUCUGGCUGUUUUAUGCCUCUGUCCGAGCUAUCCUAUUCGCACAGACUGUACACUCAGCUAUCUGCCAGAUGCCCCUCUCCUCUCCUGGGACACAAGCCCGGCCCUUCCAGGGGUCCCCAGGGGGAGAGCACGCGCUCCGGCGGGCUCUGGGCUCCCGGCUGAGGAAGGAGCAGUUCGGGGCGCCCCUCCCCGCCACGCCCAAGUCCGAGGGCGAGGCCGACGCCCCCGUGCCGCCGCGGGCGGGCAGCCGCGUCAGCGCCCCCUCCACGCCGCUCAGCCCCACGCGCCUGUCGCGGCUGCAGGAGAAAGAGGAGCUGCGCGAGCUCAACGACCGCCUGGCGGUGUACAUCGACAAGGUGCGCAGCCUGGAGACGGAGAACAGCGCGCUGCAGCUGCAGGUGACCGAGCGGGAGGAGGUGCGCGGCCGGGAGCUCACCGGGCUCAAGGCUCUCUACGAGACCGAGCUGGCCGACGCGCGCCGCGCCCUCGACGACACGGCCCGAGAGCGCGCCAAGCUCCAGAUCGAGCUGGGCAAGUUCAAGGCCGAGCACGACCAGCUGCUGCUCAAUUAUGCUAAGAAGGAAUCCGAUCUUAAUGGAGCCCAAAUCAAGCUUCGAGAGUAUGAGGCGGCCCUGAACUCUAAGGACGCAGCUCUGGCUACUGCCCUUGGAGACAAAAAGAGUUUAGAAGGGGAUCUGGAGGAUCUGAAGGAUCAGAUUGCCCAGCUGGAAGCAUCCUUGUCCGCUGCCAAAAAGCAGUUAGCAGAUGAAACUUUACUGAAAGUGGAUUUGGAGAAUCGUUGUCAGAGCCUCACCGAGGACUUGGAGUUUCGUAAAAAUAUGUACGAAGAGGAGAUCAACGAGACAAGAAGGAAGCAUGAAACACGUUUGGUGGAAGUGGACUCUGGGCGGCAGAUUGAAUAUGAGUACAAGCUGGCUCAGGCUCUGCACGAGAUGCGAGAGCAGCACGACGCCCAAGUGAGGCUGUACAAGGAGGAGCUGGAGCAGACCUACCACGCCAAGCUGGAGAACGCCAGGCUGUCCUCAGAGAUGAACACUUCCACUGUCAACAGUGCCAGGGAGGAGCUGAUGGAGAGCCGCAUGAGGAUCGAGAGCCUUUCCUCACAACUCUCCAACCUACAGAAAGAGUCUAGAGCGUGUUUGGAAAGGAUUCAAGAACUGGAGGACAUGCUUGCUAAAGAGAAAGACAACUCUCGCCGCAUGCUGUCUGACAAAGAGAGAGAGAUGGCGGAGAUAAGGGACCAAAUGCAGCAGCAGCUGAAUGAUUAUGAGCAGCUGCUUGAUGUGAAGCUGGCCCUGGACAUGGAGAUCAGCGCCUACCGGAAGCUCUUAGAAGGCGAGGAGGAGCGGUUAAAGCUCUCUCCAAGUCCUUCUUCCCGGGUGACCGUGUCCAGAGCGUCGUCCAGUCGCAGCGUUCGCACCACUCGAGGAAAACGGAAGAGGGUCGACGUGGAAGAGUCAGAGGCGAGCAGUAGUGUUAGCAUUUCCCACUCAGCUUCAGCCACCGGGAAUGUGUGCAUUGAAGAGAUAGAUGUUGAUGGCAAGUUUAUCCGCUUGAAGAACACUUCUGAACAGGAUCAACCAAUGGGAGGCUGGGAGAUGAUCAGAAAAAUUGGAGACACUUCGGUCACUUACAAAUAUACCUCAAGAUAUGUGCUGAAGGCUGGCCAGACUGUUACAAUUUGGGCUGCAAAUGCUGGAGUCACAGCCAGUCCUCCAACUGACCUCAUCUGGAAGAACCAGAACUCUUGGGGCACUGGUGAAGAUGUGAAGGUUAUACUGAAGAAUUCUCAGGGAGAGGAGGUUGCUCAGAGAAGUACAGUCUUUAAGACAACCAUACCUGAAGAGGAAGAGGAGGAGGAAGAGCCCCUUGGAGUGGUUAUUGAGGAGGAGCGUUUCCACCAGCAGGGAUCCCCCAGAGCGUCCAACAGAAGCUGUGCCAUUAUGUGAACUGUCCCCGCCUGUCCUCAUCCAGACAGGAGCGCGGGGACCCUGUAUACAGUGCAGCCUCCUCAGAAGCACACAUAUUUUUGUAUUUCCUUUAUGUGAAUUUUUAAGCUGCGAAUCUGAUGGCCUUAAUUUCCUUUUUGACACUGAAAGUUUUGUAAAAGAAAUCCUAUCCAUACACGUUGAUGCAAGAUGUGAAUUAUCGACACUGAACUAACUGUACUGUUUGGAAAGGGGCCCUCAAGUUUUUGGCAUUUUUUGUAUGUGUGUAUGUAUUUUUUUUUUAAGUUCUUUUAAGAAGGGGAGGGGAGGGUAAGUAAGUAUACCACUGUGUGUCCGGGCAUAAUUUGAAGACUGCUCCGUCUUGUUGGGCGGUCUGCUCUUGAUCAAUCUCUGCUAUAUAUAAAACGGUGCUGUUCGGGAUGGGGGAAAGCAAUUUUUUCAAUAUAUUGAACUUUUGUAUGGAUUUUUUUUUGUAAUAAGUGAUCAAGGUUACAAAUUUUUUUAAAUAGGAAAGAGAAGAGACGUUUUGUAAGAAGGCAAUAUUAACCUAGUCAUCAUGUGAGCGCUCUGGACGGAGGUGUUCCACGGAGCUGUUGUCUGUUCAGCCACUUCUCUUAAAUCCCUGAUUCCUGAGGGUGGGCAGGUGGGCUGGGGUGGGGGAGGGCUCUCCUCGAUGCGCUAGCUGUGUUUUUUAAGGUAGUGUAACAUGCUUAAAUUUCUUAUGCGACAUUAACAAAUAAAAAGCUGUUUUACUAUUA